AUGACUAAAGAGUACAGCACAGCUCCUAUUCUCGCUGGGCAGGGCAGUUAUUCUGUUCCAGCAGAGGCUCAGAAGGUAUUUCUGAAUGGCGUCCUGCAAAAUCCCCUGAUUCAACAAUCCCUUCCACCGGAGGCUCUCGACCUCGCAAACCGCAUCACUUUUGAAGGAAGCGACAAGCCAAGCCUGCCGAUCAAUUGGAGAUUUGCAGAAAGCAUUUCGGCCUUGAAGGCUUAUGAGGCUACAGUUCUCAAUGUAUUGUUGAGAAGGAAGUACGGUGCAGAGCCAGUGCGAACGAAGGAUGUGAUAUCGAAAUACUUUCCCAACUGUGACAAACAUGACAACUUCAACCCUCUUUACCGCGACCUGGCCACAAACAUAUAUCGAACCAAGGACGAUCGAUUCUUCCACCUCCACGGCUCGAUGGAUCCCGGCCCAACGUUGAGAAGCGUAGGCCUUCCUCCAGACAUGGAGCUGACCACUGAAGAGGAGGCGCUGGCCCCAUUCACGGAAGCAGUGUCCAAGCUGACCGCAGACGAGCUCCAACACCUGGCGACAGACGUCUACCGCCAAGCCGGCACCAUCUGCAACACAGCCGAAGAGUUCCGCAACAGCGAGCACGGCAAGGCCAACGCGCACGUCGGGCUGUUCGAGGUGCACGCCCACGAGAACCCGCUCCAGAAGCCCUGCUGGUGGCCUGACUCGGCAUCGACAGGCACAUCGGUGGCACGCCCCCUCGCAGGGCUCAAGGUGGUCGACCUGACUCGCAUCAUCGCCGCCCCGGCCAUCUCGCGCGGGCUGGCGGAGCUGGGCGCCAGCGUCAUGCGCAUCACCGCGCCGCACCUUACGGAUAUGUCUGUGCUGCACCCUGACCUGAAUCACGGCAAGUGGAACGCGUCUCUGGAUCUGCGACAGGAGGCGGAUCGGGAGACGCUGCGUGCGCUGAUUCGUGAUGCCGAUGUCGUCCUUCAGGGGUAUCGGCCGGGUGUUCUUGAUAAGUAUGGAUUUGGCCAGCAGGACAUUGUGGAUAUGUGCAAGGGCCGGGAGAGGGGCAUCAUCUCUGCGAGGGAGAACUGCUACGGCUGGCAGGGGCCGUGGAUGCAUCGAAGUGGUUGGCAGCAGAUCAGCGAUGCGUUCGGCCGAGCAAUGGGAAAUGAUGAGCCGGUUACGCCUGUUUUCCCCAACUCAGACUACUGUACCGGAGUUGCCGGCCUGACGGGUAUUCUCACCGCUCUGAUUCAGCGAGCUGAGAAAGGAGGUUCAUAUACCGUUGAUGCCGCUCUGAAUUACUAUUCUCGCUGGCUGGUCGACCACGUCGGAACAUACAGCGACGAUGUGUGGCAAGACGUAUGGAGACGGAAUGGAUCGCCAGUCUUCCGGCAUUUCCACAAUAUGACAUACUUGAUCCCUCGCACCCUCGAGGCUGUGAAACAAAGCAGCGGCGACACCUUGUUCAACCCAGCAUUCUUCACCCAGGUCCACUCCAAGUGUAUCAACGCCGAUCUGAGAAUUGUUGCUCCGGUCUUGAGAUUCCCAGGGGGAGAAGUCAAGCCUGGGUUCCACGUUGGCACGCGCGGCAAUGGCGUAGAUCAGCCUCGGUGGCCGGAUGACUUGAGUGUUGAAGUGGUGGAAUAA